GCUUCAUUUUCAUCGUAUCUUCUUCCUCUCCUAAAACCCAUUAAACUCUCUCAUCCGGUUUAACUUAUCUAGUUUAUUUCAAAUACCCCCCACCCCCUCCAAUGUCCGUUUCAUCGGCUUGCCGUCUGAAAGACCGUGGCGCCGCCGCCAUCAAGCCUUCUAAACCCCUAACCCCAAUCUCAAUCUCCAGCAAGAACGCCAUCAGCACUUCACACAAAUCUUCAUCUACCGGUAAGGAGAAUCCCAGGCCCGCUUCUCGGCCUCGUGCUGCUUCCCAGAAGCCCGUGAUCCGGCCAGUGCCGCGCGUCGACAAGGCCGCCGCCGCGUCGAUCGUUCCCAGUAAAGACAGAGAUACACGUGUCCGGUCGUCCACGUCGGCCCAGAGAGGUAGGGCCCCUAGUCCUGAGUUUAUUAGGGUUUUCUCCGAUCGGAGGGUCUCGGUGGGUGUGAGUGGUGGUAAGGGCGUAGAGAGUGGGAAGCGGAAGGAGUUUAAGUGUUCGAGUGUGAAAGGGAGCGAGGGGAAUGAGAACGGGCAUAGAGUUCUCAGGGAUCGUAAUGAGAGUUCUAAAACUGGAGUCAAUUUGGACAAAAAGGGUGCGGCUUGUGAGGAAUCGGAAACGAAAAGCGAGAGAACUGAUAAAAGUUUGAAUAAAAUUGGGGCUUUGGACAACUGUAUAGUUAAAGUUAAUCGAAGCGCCACUUUGAUACGAUCGAGUGACGCCAGUUUCAAUUUCGAUGAAAAUUUUCGAGAUGAGUUUGGGGUUGAUGCUGGUUUGAACUCGAAAGUGGUAGUUGUCAAGGUUGGAAAUGGUGUUGAUGAAUGUGCGGAUGAGGUUGGUGAGAAGUCUUCGGUUAACGAAAUGGUUUUAGAGAUUCCUAAAGAGGAGUUAAGUGAAGAAGGGGUAGGCAGUCGGUUUGGUAACAAGUAUCCAAGCAAGCUACAUGAGAAGCUUGCUUUUUUGGAAGGCAAGGUGAAGAGAAUUGCAUCAGACAUUAAGAAGACGAAGGAGAUGCUGGAUAUGAAUAACCCGGAUGCAUCAAAGGUGAUACUUUCGGAUAUUCAGAACAAGAUUUCCGGGAUUCAGAAGGCAAUGGAUAAUGUUGGAGGCAAAUCUGAUGGUAAAACCGGAUUGUCAAAAGGAAUUGGUGACGAUGAGAAUGAGAUAGCUGAUAAGGGAAAGAGUAAGGAACCUCAUAAUGCUAAAACCUCUGUCAAAGGAUUGAGUAGCGAGGAACUGGAAGCAAGGCUCUUUCCUCAUCAUAAGUUGCUAAAAAAUCGGAUCCCUCUGAAAGCGACAUCAGAAAGCUCUCAAAGUCAUGAACCCCUUGUUGUAGGACCGAAUUGGGAGUCAAAAGUAGAUGGGAAGUCGUUUAGCUCUAUUGAUGAGAAUUCUAUAGCAAUUGAGUUCUUAGCUUCCCUGAAUGAAGAGCAAAAUGAAGUCACCGGAAGGGUUGGGCAGGCUGAUAUGGAAUGCUGUGAAGUUCAAGAAAUGGAUGGUGCUACAUCUACGGUAGGACAAGAUUCUUCAAAUAUGUUCAAUGUAAAGCGUGAUGUUGAGCUAAUUCUCACAACUGACGAGACACUUGAUGAGUUUGAUGAUCAAGAGAAUAGGCAGGGUGCGGUACUUGGUGAGGGGACAGAUGAUACUUGCAUUUAUCAGGUGAAUGAAAUUGGUCGUAAGACCUCAACAGGAGGAUGGUUUGUCUCUGAGGGGGAGGCAGUUCUUCUUGCCCACGAUGAUGGUUCUUGCUCCUUUUAUGAUAUUACUAAUUCCGAGGAGAAGGCCGAGUACAAACCACCCCCUGGAGUCUCACCUGAUAUAUGGAGGGAUUGUUGGAUAAUUCGCGCCCCUGGUGCAGAUGGUUGCUCGGGAAGAUAUGUCGUGGCUGCAUCUGCUGGGAAUGCUAUGGAUUCAGGUUUCUGUUCUUGGGAUUUCUAUACUAAAGAUGUGCGAGCUUUUCAAAUUGAAAGUGGGACAACCACAUCAAGAACAGUACUUGGCCCCGUACCCAGUAAUAUUGUGCAUAGAAGAACUGCUCUUUCUAAUAUUCUGGCCCCGGAAAAUCGACAAUGGUGGUAUAAACCCUGUGGACCUCUUAUCAUUUCAAUUGCCAGCUGUCAGAAGGGUGUGAGAGUUUUUGACAUCCGUGAUGGGGAGCAAGUUUUGAAAUGGGAGGUGGAGAAGCCUGUGUUAACAAUGGAUUAUUCAAGCCCAUUACAUUGGAGAAACAGGGGAAAAGUAGUUCUAGCUGAAGCAGAAACAAUUUCUGUGUGGGAUGUUAACUCUCUGAGUCCUCAAGCACUAUUAUCCGUGUCUUCAUCUGGUCGAAAAAUUUCUGCUCUUCAUGUCAACAAUACUGAUGCUGAAUUAGGUGGUGGGGUUCGUCAAAGAGUAAGUUCGUCGGAAGCAGAGGGGAAUGAUGGAGUUUUCUGCACCCCAGAUUCUAUUAAUAUUUUGGAUUUCCGCCACCCGUCUGGUAUAGGACUUAAGAUCCCGAAACUGGGUGUCAAUGCACAGUCAAUUUUCUCUCGUGGAGAUUCCAUCUUUCUUGGCUGUUCUGUUGUAAGAUCAGGUGGGAAAAAGCAACCUUCUUCCCAGGUGCAACAGUUCUCGUUGCGGAAACAAAGGCUAUUUAGCACUUACGCUUUGCCAGAAUCCAAUGCACACUCCCAUUACACAUCAAUAACACAAGCAUGGGGGAAUUCAAACCUUGUAAUGGGUGUUUGCGGAUUGGGCCUAUUUGUGUUCGAUGGCCUGAGGGAUGAUUCAUUGCUGUCUUUCCCCACUGAUUCUGGAAACGCUCAGAAAUCGAGGGAAGUCAUUGGUCCAGAUGAUAUGUAUUCCCCUUCCUUCGAUUACUUAUCAUCUCGUGCCCUCCUUAUAUCAAGAGAUCGCCCAGCUGUGUGGAGGCACUUACCGGAGGUAUGAUGCCUUGCUUGAUACCUGUGAGCAUGUUUUGUCAAGGAAAGAAUGUACCGUUAUUUGUGUUUAGUUACAUCAUCCGUUUCAUUUAGGCGGGCGGCUGGCCCCAUUUCGUUGAAAAUGAUAACAUUUGGCCCUCGUUCUUAACA